AUGUCGGGUGUGCACUACAAGUUCUCCUCCAAGCUGGGCUAUGAUGUGGUCACAUUUCAUGGCCACAGCAUCUCCCUGGCCGACCUCAAGCGCCUGAUCAUGGCCCGUGAGAGGCUCAAGGUGGCCAACUGUGACCUGCAGAUCCUCAAAGCUGAGACCAAUGAAGAAUACUCUGAUGAUGCACAGAUCCCCAAGAACGUCUCAGUGAUUGUGAAGAGGGUCCCAGCUCAAGCCACGAACCAAAAUGAGCCAGUGAGGGGAACAUCCAAGGCACUCAUUAAGACCCCAAAUCUGGCUGAGGCCAAUGCUGCAGAGGAGGACAAGAUCAAAGCCAUGAUGAUCCAGUCCUGCCGUUACUAUGAGCCCCUCAAAACUGAGAGGACCAAGGGUGGAACAUGA